GUCGCCUGCCGUAGUUUAUCAACGCGGAAGCUAAAAUGAAUGGCUACAUUGCUAACUGGUAUUAGUGUUUCUAUCGAAAAAUACGUACAAACAUUGACUGUUUGCUACUUUUCCUGAGAGACGGACAUGUUGUGGGGUAACACGCAGCUUGGCGGGUUGUCCUUGUGAUGCGUGGCAGCUGUAGCUCCUAUGUGUCGUCAGCGAGUUGUCCCAUUCAGAUAAGUUAGUCGUUCCGUAAACCACCAUGAGAGUCCGCUCGUCUGUGUUCGCCUGCUUCAUUUUAAUAUUUGAAGUGCUCGGCGUUGCCCUCUUCCUGAGGGGCUUCUUCCCUGUUCCUGUCAAGUCUUCUUUCUCCUCCAAGAGCAGGCUGUCGGAUUUACCCGCGGAGCCGCUGGCAGGAAGCCCUCCCAACUCCACCCGCCUGCCCCAGCCCCUGUUCAGGAGGGUCGUUCUCAUGGUGGUGGAUGCCCUCCGAGAGGACUUUGUGUUUGGACCCGCCGGGGGGUCCCACAUGCCCUACACCCGGUACCUGGUGGAGAAAGGCUCGUCCCACAGCUUCGUGGCCAAGGCGAGACCUCCCACUGUCACCAUGCCAAGGAUCAAGGCUCUCACCACCGGCAGCAUCCCGGGCUUCAUCGACGUGGUGAUGAACCUGAAUUCCCCCGCCCUCCUGGAGGACAACCUCAUCUGGCAGGCCAAAACGGCCAGCAAGCGCAUGGUCUUCUACGGGGACGACACGUGGGUCCGCCUCUUCCCGAAGCACUUCAUGGAGUACGACGGAACAACGUCGUUUUUCGUGUCCGACUACACCGAGGUGGACAACAACGUGACGCGCCACCUGGACAGCACACUGAAGAGAGACGACUGGGACGUCCUGGUCCUCCACUACCUGGGCCUGGACCACAUUGGCCACAUCAGCGGGCCCCACAGCUCGCUCGUCCGGCCCAAGCUGCUGGAGAUGGACGACGUCCUGAAGAAGAUCCAUGGUUCCCUCGUCUCCAAGGAGGCCGAGGGAUCUUUGCCCUACCUGCUGGUGCUGUGCGGAGACCACGGCAUGACCGAGACCGGCAGCCACGGGGGCUCCUCGGAGCCAGAAGUCAACACGGCUCUGGUGCUCAUCAGUCCAGCCUUCAAAAGAAAAGCGGGAAUGGAGAGACCCGGCGAGGUGGAGCAGGUCGACCUGGCCCCGACGCUGGCCCUGGGGCUCGGGCUGCCCGUGCCUCAGAACAGCGUCGGCCGCAUCAUCCCCGGCGUGCUGGAGGAGCGGUCGAUGCGGGACCAGCUGCGCUUCCUGCAUCUCAACGGCCACCAGCUCAGCUGCCUGCUCCGAGACAGCACGCCCGACUACCAGAAAGAGGCUGGCUUCGAACAGUUUCGUGUGGCAGAAAAGGCUCAUGGGAGCUGGAUGAAGCUCUACCUGGAAGGAAACACCUCGGAGGUUCUGACCAACAUGGGCAAAAAAGUCCUGAAGCAGUACCUGGAGGCGCUGGCUGCCAUGAGUUCUGCUCUGAGCAAACAGCUGGGCAAAUACGACAUGUACUCCAUGAUCGCAGGAAUGGUGUUUGUGUUCCAGCUCCUGCUGGUCUUACUGCUGGCGAUGCCCGAAGCCCUCAGCAGCGCCGCAGCAGUGGACCUUCCGGUGCGCUCCUCCCUGCUCUCCCUGCCUUUCUACCUCUUGUGCCUGCUCCUGGCCUCCGUGCACGUGUUGGUGUGCACGUCUGCGGAGAGCUCCUGUUACUUCUGCAGCCUCUCCUGGGGUCUGGUGUUUGCCGCCGUUGCCUUCUCCUCUGCAAUGUUUUGCAUUCUGAUCUCCGUGGCGACGCGGAGGCUCCCGCUCGGACCCACGGCCCAUGGGAAGUCUCCUGUGCGGAGCUCCGGCGGGGAGUGGUCGCUGUCGGAGCUCGACGUCCUGCUGCUGGCCGGAACCGUCGGCCACACGCUCAGCCUGGCGGCGAGCAGCUUCGUCGAAGAGGAGCACCAGACCUGGUACUUCCUGCUCAACACGCUCUGCCUCGCCGUCUUCCAGGAUGUGUGCAGGAAGUACUUCAGGGAGCAGAAGGGCUCUGGAGACGAAGAGGAGCACCUCCUUCCGUCCAAGGAUGGCCACUCCUCUUCUCACCCCAAGCAGGAGGUCGUCUCGGAGAAGUGGCUGGCGCUGGCCACGCCCCCCUUCACUCUGCUUUGCUGCCGGCUGCUUCGCUCCCUCAACCAGACAGGAGUUCAGUGGGCCCACCUCCCAGAUGUCAGCCACUGGCUCAACAGCGCCGAACAUAAGACGGUCCUGUCCCUGCUGUCCGCGCUCUGCUUGCUCCUCAUCUUCCUCCUGGUUCAGAGACGCUGCUCGCUCGUCUCCAAGGUCGCCCUGGCGCUCGGACUCCUGGGCGUCUACAGCUACCGGGCAGCUGUCGGCAAUGUCCUGUUUCCCUGGCAACGCUCCGGCCGAGCCGCGUCCAAGGGAACGGUGGAGGCACGCUUUGUCUACGUCUUCGUUCUGGGUAUCCUCUUCUCUGGCACCAAGGACCUGCUGAGAUCCCAGAUCGUCACAGCAGAUGCAAAGCUGAAGAGCAGGGGAUUGUGGGAGAUUUACGGCGGCCUGGUGCUGCUGGUUUCGCUCCUGUUCCGGGCCCAUAACCUGCCGGUGCUGUGCUGCGGACUCCUCAUCCAGACGCUCAUGGCUCAGUUCAUCUGGAAGAAGCUGCACUACGACGCGGCCCAGACCACCAUCAUGCACUACUGGUUUGGCCAGGCCUUCUUUUACUUUCAGGGCAACUCCAACAACAUUGGCACCGUCGACAUUUCUGUGGGCUUUGUCGGUCUGGAAAGCUACAUCGAAGCGCCUGCCAUCUUUUUAACAGCUCUCAGCACUUACGCGGGUCCCCUGCUCUGGGCCUGUCACCUUGUCUGCUACCUGAGCUCAGAGAGAGAAAGGAGCCCGGUCGCCGUCGGCCAUGGCUGCUACUGCUUGGCCCUGCUGAGGUCGGUGCCGGCCGCCGCCUACGUCGUCCUGGUGACGGUCCUGCGCUACCACCUCUUCAUCUGGAGCGUCUUCUCGCCCAAGCUGCUGUAUGAGUCCAUGCACCUGCUGCUGACCGCGGGAGUGUGUCUCGUCUUCAUCACCAUGGAGCAAAGUCCCGGCUCCAGUAAGUCCUAGUGGGAGGCGAGGCGGGUUCGGACGCAGACCCCCUCGGACUGCCGCCGUACAAUCGACUCCCGCUCCUCAUCUCCUCACACCGUGUGAAUAGAUGUGCUCUCAGUAAUAUUUAAAUACUUUUCUAUUUCUAAAAAAUGGGUGGGGGGGGUAUGGUUGAGGAUGAAUAAAAAUGUGAUGUAACUUGUGGAAAGAGAAACAAUCGUUUCCCUGAGAGAUGUGCCGGACUUGGAGGUGCAGAAUAAAAGCGGGCUGUUGGAGAACUUUGAUGUUGCCUUUUCUGGGGGUAGCUGCGUGUGUUUACCUGUUACCAUGCCGACCUGCGUUCUCUGGACUCGCCCCGUCUCAAAACACUGCGCUCUCUGAAGUCGAGACCGUCGGUUCCCCCGGUGCUCCGGACGCUUCUUGAUCAGAGGUGAGAGUAACAGCAUCGAUCGCGACAGUUUUCCAGUUAAAGGAUGUUGAAAUUCGGGGUCCCGCUGCGUCCUUCACUCCCCAACACAGAUUAUUAAUCUAGCCAGAUGUCCCACUGUGACGGACCGAAAUGGGUCCGCGGUGGAUGCGUUUGGAGUGUGUGCCGUCUCGGGCCUAAAGGUGCAGAGGUGCUGAGGUGAGAGUGAGCGAGAUGUCAGACGGCUCCAGCCUGCGUCCGCCUACUCUGAGCUCUAAAACCGGUUCUAAUCAGGCAGCGCUAAUGAAAAUAGCGGCGUGGGAGGAACACAGGAGCACAGAGUGGGAGUUUUAAAGACACUGUAGUCAUUUCUCUGUAGAAAUUUUUCUAACAUGUAUCACAGAUAAUUGAUUAAACUCCAGUUUUCUUUU